UGGCUGGUCACAUCGGAAGGGGGAAGCAAGAAACGGAGGGAAAUUGGCCCGCGUUAUCGGCGCACUUGACUCCUUCGCCUGCUCGAGGAGGUUAAUUUUAAGAAUAUCUCGAGAGGAGGGCUACUUCGACCUCUGUGAUGAUCAACGAUCAUGGCGCCAGGAGCAACGACCCUGACGAGUCUUCUGUUGUUGCUGAUGGCGGUAGCGAGAUGCUCGUCGACGUUGAGAACAGUGCACUCGAGCACCCAGUCGCCGUUCACCAAGAUUCUGAAAGGCGUCAGGCUGCCAGGUGGCUACAUGGAGAUCAUCCAGGAGGACCAUUGUUCGCACGGUGUUGUCCGACUGACUUGCAGAUCGUUGAAGGCGUUCAUCUUCGUCCUGGAAGCGGAGUACCUGUCGAAUCUGACGCAUAUUUGCGGAUACGAUUUGCACAAGUUGUUGGAGAAGAAGAUGUACAAGAGUCGAGGUAGCGGUUUCCACAAGAAGAAAGGGCUGAAGGGGAAUUAUAUCGACGAUGCUGACGAGGAACGAUUUGGACUGGUGGAUAUUAGACAGUCGUUGAAUAAGAGAUGUUCCGGACAGAAGCAUUGUCGUUACAAUUUUACUACCGACCACCCGAGUGCCGUUUAUUGGAAUCCAGCCACAUUACGAUUGAAGUACGCCUGUAUUCCUGAGGCUGCAGUGAGAAAAUAUUGCAACGAGGAGCUGAAGGUGGUCCCAGGCGAGGGUGGUUUCAUAAAUUCACCAGGUUAUCCGCUUUACUACCUCGGCGAGAGUACGUGCGGCUGGACGUUCAGGUCGGCUCCUGGGCACAGGAUCGUCCUCACGUUCCACGACCUGAAUAUCCGGGGACCAGAAACGGAUGGCAAUUGCGUGGACAUCGUGAGAGUGCGAGAAAAAGGAAGAACGUUGUUCGAGAAUUGCGGUACCGCGGCUGGCAUCAAGGUCGUUUCGAACUCGAGCGUGAUCACCCUCGACCUUGUCGCCACGAAGAAGCUGUACACGGCACGAGGAUUCUUCUUGCAAUAUCAAGCGUUGGACUGUCCGGAUGUCUCGGUGCCCAACGGAAGUUACGUAUUGAAUGGCACUCUAACCUCAAGGACUUUUCUCUGCAAAUUGGGUACCGUGUUCCCCGACAGUAAAGAAAGGACAAGGAUACUCGAGUGCAAGAAUGGCAAGUGGAACGAGAGUGUCAUCAACAUACCGAGUUGCACAGCCACAUCAGCGCUGAUCCUGAAAACGGAACACGAUCAUAAUCGGUUGUCCAGCCUUUCCGGGGACAAUAUCCUUGGCACAGGGGUUAGAAUUGGACGAGGCGAGGACGCAGUCGCGGUUGGUAACAAGAACAUUAUGGAUUCGGCGCAAUCAGCAAUGAUGAAGCAAUCAGACUACGUCGUAGACGUCGUCUUGCCGACAGUCCUGAUUGCUCUUCUGUUCGUUGGAAACGCCAUCAUUGUUUAUAUUAUCUUCCAGUAUAGAAAAAGAAAAGUUCCAACGAUAGAGCAGGGUGAGGAGAUGUCCUUGCGGAACGCGGCUGAAGUGCCACAGGUGUGAUUUGCACAAGGAUCGACGAUAAAAAUUUUCACGGUGCCAGCCCAAAGCGUCAGUGAGAAGGCCUACGUUGCAUUUUUUUCUACGAGGAUGAUCUCCAAACAAAAAUAGAUCUCUAAAAAGUCUAAAUCGUCGAAGGGCAUCGAUCGCUAUUUUUUUUCUCUUUUCUGAACUUCCGCGAGGAUUGUCAUUGAAUCAAAAAUAUCUCAAGAGACUCGUAUUUGAUUUCAAUGGUUUCACGUUUUUUCGACGAUGAAAAAGAACGAUUGAAAAAAAUAUUAUCUGUUACAAGCGUGAAAAUUUCGGGGACGCUCUCGAAGAAAAGAUUAUAAAUAUGUUCGUCGCCGUUUAUAAUAAGAAUCGUUGUCAAUAUUUAGAAAACCAGGCGCCUAGUUAGUGCCACAAUCUUCUACGUACACUUAUACGUACAUUUAUACAGACACAUGUACACGUACACAAACGCGAAUAAUGUAUUAUAACGUAAGGAAAUAAUAUAUUCUAUAUUUCGUCCAAAUUGUGACUAAGUUAAGAAUAAACUGAUGUUUUCAUAAUAUAUUUGCUUUUGUAAGUA